GGCAACGGAUUUGCGCCGCUACGUAGAAAGACGAUAUGCCGUACGUUCAAGUCUUUCCUGACCAACCAGAAUUCAAUAUGACCAUCAAGGACGACGCCACCACUCAACGACGUAUCUGCGUAGUGGGAAAGGGCAAGCGCACUGAACGAUGCAAACGGGGAAGUUACUGCGACCGGAAAGGCAACAAAGCCCAACGCAUCGAAGCGGACGAGAUUAUCACGGAACUCCUUAACAAGCUCAACUUUCAAGGACUCCUGCCUAGCGAGCAGGAAAAGAAGUGCAACCGACUUGCGGAGUUGGUUUGUUGUGACAAGCAUCGGGAUGAGCAAGUCGCAGUCGGAUGGGCGAUGCUGGAGGAUCUCCGUAAGUCUUACAAUCUUGGACCACUGGCAGCUGAGGACCGUCCGGACGUUGCAGCACAGGAUGGGUCACCGUCACCAGCGAUGGCGGACAACUCAGGCUUAGCAGCCCAAUCGGACAACCCGCGUGCGACAGGGUCAGUGGCAAAUAAUAAAUGUAAGUCUCUGCCAGAGGACAUCGUCACAUCGAAGCGUCAGGCCCGGGGAAAUGGCAAACAGCCCACGAGGUACCGCAGUGAGGAGCCUCGUCUCGCCGAGGAUCCACCGUCCAGCUUCGAAGACGCAAGACAUAACCAGAGACCUCUUAAACGUUCGCAGCAGGACGCAGUGUCGGCACAGUUACGACUUGAUGUCGAGCGACAUGUUCCCUUCGGAGAAGGACAGCACGCCGGCCACUUUCAGAUGCCGGAGACCUUCGGCUCCAUACACACUCCAGAUACAUCUGUAACGAUCGGUCCCGAUGCGGCAUCUGACCAGUUCCUGUACAAACGGAAGCUGGACGCUGUGGAAAUGUCGGUGCAAACUCUGAGCCGGCGAGUUGAUGGUCUGAUGGAGCAGAAUGAAGUUUUGGUCAGCAAGAUCUCACUACUGGAAAUGCGGCCGAACCGUCUGGUUGCAGCAUUGCAAGCAAGCGCCGCAGAUGAAAGAAGUGCGGAACGAGGUACUCGAACCUAAUGAGGACAGAUAAAGUCCGAGCAGGUCGGGUGUUCGAGGUACAAAGAUCCUAUGGUGUGGCAUGGGCGAAGGUACGGUGUGUUAAUUUUCUGCUGGCAAGCAUGCAUAACUCUUGCAAGUGCUGUUGUGGUUGUGCACUUUAUGAGAUGAGCUUAUGUGCAUUCGAACAGCCUGCGGAUGUUCUGCGGUAGUAUAUGUCGUGUAGCAUAGGAGUAUCGGAACCAGUCACGCGUGGCAUCCAAAACGUCCUCAUGCACAAACUCGCACCGUCCCGAUGAGGGUGGCCAAGCUUCAGCGUUGCCCGCUUGAAACCAUGCUUGCAUGCAUAAGUGGGGCCCUGCAUGUCAGCAAUGGAUUUCAUUGAUUUCGAACACCACCCUUUUCAAGCGAAGAUGUGAAAUGAGGGCAGAGAAAGCACUCCUGCCGAGGUGCCAAGUGAGCUCGUU